ACAUUUCGGGCUGCGCGGAUUGGUCAAAAUUGAGCAGUGUCAACGUGAUGCGUCUACAUACUCCCACAUAGUACUUGACAGCUCCUUAACAUAGUGCUCGCCGGAGCGGCUCUCACCGCCCUUUGACUGUUCCGCUCGGAAGUUCGCCUGUUCGGAGAAGAGAUGACUUCUCAAGAGACCUUUAACGACAUGGGGUGCAGUUCGUCCGAGGAGGACAGUAACCGUGCAGACUUGGCAGAGAGCACGGCGGAGGAAAAGACAUCUCCGGUGGUGCCGCGGCAUCAUCCGUUCAGCGUGGAGGCGCUCAUGUCCGGGAGGAAGACCGACGGUCGCGGCGGAGAGUCCAUUCGCUGUAAACCGGAGCGAGGCUCGGUGGCGGUGUCUCCUACAGGUUUAAACUCCGUGUAUCUGUAUCGAGAGACGUGUAGUCCUCCAGGUGGAGGCCAAAAGAGCUUCACGGCUGUGCCUUUGUCGCCGGUAAAAUCCGAGGCAUCAGAGUCCGAGGACUGCGUACCCUGGGUCACUAACGGCGCGUUUUCCACACAGCCUCGUCAUGCAGGUCCUGGCUGUCCGUUGAGGAAACACAAGACCAACCGAAAGCCCCGCACUCCUUUCACCACGUCUCAGCUCCUGGCCCUGGAGAGGAAGUUCAGGCAGAAGCAGUACUUGUCCAUCGCCGAGCGGGCCGAGUUCUCCUCCUCCUUGACCCUGACAGAGACCCAGGUGAAGAUCUGGUUCCAGAAUCGCCGGGCAAAAGCCAAGAGGCUCCAGGAGGCUGAGCUGGAGAAAUACAAGAUGGCCUCAGACGCUAAGACGGCAGCGGUGGCAGCUGCUGGAGGUUUACACCACGGCUUUACAUUACCGCUGUCGCUGGGCGCCAUGUCACUCUAUGGACAGUCGUACGCUGCGUAUCACCACCACCACAGACACAUGCUGCCCUUUUCACCUGUAGGAAUGUACGCUACUCCUCUGGGCUACAGCAUGUACCACUUAUCAUAAAAAAUGGAAAUAUCACUGACUUUGGUUUCAGUGUUCCAAAAAAAAUGGACACAGAGGACGUGUGGCUGACAUUUUAAAAAUCAAUGUUUAUAAUAUAUCUACGGCACAAGGAGUGUUUGAAUCAACUUUCUGAGCACUUCAAAUCAAAUAAAAAAAAAAAAAAUCUAUUUUUUCCCACAGCGAGGAUAACAAAAAAAAAACCUUAGAUGUCCUCUUGCCCGUUUGGACUGCCUGUUUACAUAUGAGGAGGGGUGUUACUGUCCAGCUGUUAAUACACUUCACUUGUUUACUUUUGCAAUAAUUGAGCUGGGCGAGGACUUGCACUGGGCACAAUAAUACAAAACAACUUUUCACUUAAGCCUUUCUCUUGAUUCAAUACAGUGCCUUGUGUUGAAAAGGGCCUUAAUAUCAAGACAUGUAUGGAUGAUAAGUGUUUCAGCAACUCAGGCCAAAUAAAACAUAUCACUGAAGCAUUAUUUUAAUUCUACAAAAGUGUCUGAACAGAACAGAGAAAAUUGUUUCAGCAACUCAGGCCAAAUAAAACAUAUCACUGAAGCAUUAUUUUAAUUCUACAAAAGUGUCUGCCUUAAAAAACUGCUCUCCUUUUCAAUUUUGAAAAAGAUUUGGGUGGGAGGGUGUGACAGGAAGGUUUCACCCUCAAAUUAUUCAUCCCAAUGAAAACUUUACACUAAUCUUUUUCGUCUUUUAUCUCUCGAAGCAAUAAAAAACAAUUGACUGCACAUUUAUAGAGCGUAGACAUAUUCUCUUUGAAAUAAUUAUGCUGGAAAUGUAUGAAUGUCUCAUGUUGUGUAUAUUUAUGUGAGGAAUAUGGUACAAAAGUUCUGACCAAAAGUGUAUUUAUAUUGUUCUUCCUGAAAGGCCCUUUGAAAGGGCCUACAUUUUGCUAUGCAGUUUUUGUUUUAUCAUUCAAAUGAACAAAUCAAUUAAAGCCUUUCAGACUGUU